GGGCCGGGCCGUGCCGGGGGUGGCGAUACCGCCACACGGGAGUGACGCGAGUGCGCCGCGGGAUUCCGGCCGCCGCUGCCGCGGGCCGGCCGGAGGAUCCGCGGAGGUGGGGCCGGGCCCCUGGCGGAGCAGAGCGGCCGGACUUACCCUGCUCUCCCUGCCCGCACGGCAGCGCUCAGCCGCGGCGCCGGCUGCGGGCCGCGGGCCGGCUGUGACCUCCCUUAGGGCUGCGAGAGGCACCGCCAGAAGCCCAGUGAGGAACUCUCUUCAUACGUAAUUCUGGGAGACAUAACCACCAGGUGGAUGAUAAACAAUGAACAGCAUUGCCCAAAGCGUUUUGCAGUCAGCGAAGCGCAGCCGAGCUGCGUGGCUGAGGAACCGCUGUGCUCACUCUGGAAAGAAGCGUUUUCGCAGGCUGGUUUUGGGAAUAGAGACAAGCUGUGACGACACCGGCGCUGCUGUGGUGGAUGAAGCUGGCUGUGUUCUGGGAGAAGCACUGCACUGUCAGAAGGAAGUUCAUUUACAAUCAGGAGGAAUAAUUCCCGUGGUGGCACAGCAGCUUCACAGAGAAAACAUCGACCAAGUGGUUCAAGAGGCCCUUGGUGCCAGCGGCGUUUCCGUGGCCGACCUUGCAGCUGUGGCGACCACAGUGAAACCUGGGCUCGCUCUGAGCCUGGGCGUGGGGCUGCAGUACAGCCGGAGCUUGGUCAGCAGGCACCAGAAGCCCUUCAUCCCCAUCCAUCACAUGGAGGCUCACGCACUGACCAUCAGGCUCACACAUCACCUGGAAUUUCCCUUCUUAGUUCUACUAAUCUCUGGAGGUCACUGUCUCUUGGCAGUAGCACAAGGAGUUUCAGAUUUCCUCCUGCUUGGACAGUCCAUCGACAUCGCACCGGGUGACAUGCUGGAUAAGGUGGCACGAAGACUGUCUCUAAGAAAGCACCCAGAGUGCCACAGCAUGGCUGGGGGGAAGGCCAUAGAGCACCUGGCUCAGACGGGGAACCAGGAACUGCUCACCUUCCGACUGCCCAUGCAGCAGUAUCGGAACUGCGACUUCUCUUUCUCCGGACUUCAAAACCUUGUCAAUAAUGCCAUUGUACAGAAAGAAAAAGAAGAAGGUAUUCCGGAAGGUGAGAUCCUGUCCUGUGUUAAGGAUGUUGCUGCUGCUGUACAGCAUGCAGUGGCUGUUCAUAUUAUCCAGAGGACAUAUCGAGCCAUGCUCUUCUGCAUCAAAAACAGCAUAUUACCAUCAAAAAAUGCCACUUUGGUUGUAUCAGGAGGAGUUGCAAGUAAUCAGUAUAUCCGAAAAGUUCUACAGAAUCUGGCAGAUGCAAACGAUUUUGCUUUACUGUGUCCUCCUCCAAGACUCUGCACUGAUAAUGGUGUUAUGAUUGCAUGGAAUGGCAUUGAAAGGUUACGUGCAGGGCUGGGGGUCCUACACAGUACUGCUGGCAUCCGCUACGAGCCCAGAGCUCCCCUGGGAAUUGAUAUUUCAAAAAGAGUUGAAGAAGAUUCCAUCAGGGUGCCAAAAUUAAAAGAGAUACGAUGGUUGGCAUCUUAAAAAGUAACUCAGUAAAAUAAAUGCAACUAUAAAUAGUUCAAUGAAAA